ACAGCACGACCCACUUGCUUCCCUCUUGAAUAGAAACAGCAGUUUUAGCAAUACCAAGCUUUCUUCACUCUUUCCCUUGGAGCAAAUCCGUAGACCAAUCCACAAGUUCAACUAGAGAUAAGCAAAAUCACUCAAAACACCAUGAAGUUGAUUUUCAUAUCCAUGGUCGCAAGCAUGCUGAUCGCUGCAGCUUUUGGUGGCGCAGUUCCUGUCGAUCAUAAAGGAGCGAGAUACAUAGUCUCCGACCUCAAUUUUCCUAGUGGUUACGGGGCACCUUCUAUAUCUGGCCAGAUGCAGCAUGGUCAACGAAUUUUGAUACCUUACGUGAAUCAUGGCACGGUCGACUUAAGGGUCUGGGUAGCUGGGCACCAGGUCCAAACAAUUAAACCAAACCACUCGAUCCAGUAUACAUUGAACCCCGGUAAUUCCUUGGCUGUAGAAUCUUCCACUCCGGGAGCGGCUUUUGACCAGCAGACAAUCCAAUAUGUCAUCCAACGCGCUGGAUUUACCAGAAGUAACUUAUGAUAGUUUUUACAUGCUCUUAGAACUUUGUGCCUAAAUAUUAAUGUUCAUUCCAGCUGCUGGAAAUUUAAGCAUCUCCUACAUCAUUUCAGUUUCAUUUGAGUUUGAGUUUUUUUUGUCCAGGAUGUUGCCCCCUAUUUAUUUCUGCUCAUGUCUUGUCAAACUCCUACCAGUUUUCAUGCUCCCGUCCACAUGAAAAAUGAUCAGCUAUCUGUAACAAUUUUCCUGCAUCUUGUUAGGUAUAGCUACAGAAAGAAUGUCAAUUCCUUCUUCAUUAGAGCCAAUCAGAUAGCAUCUCCUCCACAAUUUCAAUUUUCUUUUAGCUUUAAGCUUUCUUGUUGAGGAAUUAAAUUAGGCCCCCUCCCCCCAGCCUAUUAGUUCCUACUGAUAUCUUGUCAAGCUUCUUUUAGUUUUCAUGUUCACUUUCACAUGCAAAAUGAUCAGAUAUCUGCAUUUUUUUAUUUUCUCUUAUUUGGUAUAGAAGUUUCCAGAAGUUGAGAAAUUGUCCAGAAUGUUGAUUUUUUGAAGCUGGACCAGUAUUUCUUGAGAGAUAAAUAAACAGACCAUGUGUUAAUCUGAAG